AUAUUGAGAAGAAAUGUGUCUACUUUGACACAGUGGAAAAAGCAGUCAAUUAUUGUGAAGAAACCGAAGGGCUACAUGAGGUCGAUACAUCUCUAACCUCAGGAAAUUUUAAUAAUACCUCAAGUGGACAUUCAAGUCGUUCUCCUUCCACCGUUAGCUCAAACCUAAGAAAAGAUGAUUCAACAACCAAAGACAACUUUAAUCCACCGCUCAUAUUUAUUCAUUCGGGAAAAUACAAACCUGAAGGACUUUUCAUUGAUUCUUCUAUUGCAAUGAUUGGAGCAGCUCCGGGAAAUGUGGCAGAAAAUGUAAUCCUAGAAAAAAAACUCGGACUCAACUAUUACUUUUAUAGAGGGAUCCCGUCGAGCUUAUUUGGGUUAUGUUACUCUAAAAUUUACUCCUGACACAACCUCAUGUGUACCUCAUCAUAAACAUUACUGCCUCGAAAUUACCGAAAGAUGUUCACCCACUAUUGAUCAUUGUAUAAUACGAAGUUCCUCAGCAGUUGGAGCUGCAGUCUGUGUUAGUGGCCCAGAAGCAUCUCCAUGGAUGGCCGGGAUGGUCGGAUUAAUGGUAGUCUAAAG